UGCAGAUCAAAAAGCUCACACUAAAAAAGAAAGGCCAAUAGUGAAACAACUUUACCAAAAACCGCUGUGCAGCUUUAGAAUGUUGACUAGAGAUUUGGAAGACCGCCAAGAAGAACUGACUUAAAACUCAAAUUUUCAUCAAGAAGUCCAAGAAAAAAGUCAUUACUAUCGCAUGCUAACGUUGAGAAACUACUUUCUAUUACUCUAACUCACGUUUCGCACUAAGUGGAAUAUUGAGUUUAGAGUUUAGUGAAAGCCGUUAACAGCCCUACAAAACGAGAACAUUAUUCCCACAGGGAAAUUCGGGAAGCUAAGUGUAAUGUAUAUGAGUGGUUUUGGCUCCUACUUUUCAUCAGAAGAUCACAGAUGCCCCAAAUCAUUACCAAUUGGUCAAAAUUCUCCGCAGAAAUGUCCGUACGGUUUAUAUGCAGAACAACUAUCGGGAAGUGCUUUUACAGCUCCACGAAAAGAGAAUUUACGAUCUUGGUUAUAUAGGAUACGGCCCAGCGUAAUGCAUGAACCGUUCAAGCUACUCGAUUGUAAAACCAACUUGAGUAGCGAUUGGAAUGAGCAAGUUCCAAAUCCUAACCAGAUGCGUUGGAUGCCUUUUGAUAUUCCAUUAGAGGGUAAUGUUAAUUUUGUCGAAGGUUUACAUUCAAUAUGUGGCUCCGGUGAUAAACGUAGCCAUUCUGGUAUUGCUAUUCAUGUUUAUCUCUGCAAUACUUCUAUGGAUAAAUCAGCCUUUUACAAUAGUGAUGGCGAUUUUUUGAUUGUGCCUCAGAAAGGUGUGCUGGAUAUAACAACCGAAUUUGGUAAACUGAAAGUAAAGCCUAAUGAAAUUUGUGUCAUUCCACAAGGAAUCCGGUAUUCUGUGAAUCUAACGGAACCAUCCAGGGGAUACAUACUUGAAGUUUACAACAAUCACUUCCAGUUGCCAGAUCUAGGACCCAUAGGAGCAAAUGGAUUGGCGAAUCCGCGUGAUUUUCAAACCCCCGUUGCUUGGUUUGAAGAUGAUGAACAAGAAUUUCAGAUCAUUGCAAAAUAUCAAGGACUGCUUUUUUCUGCUAAACAAUUUCAUUCUCCAUUUGAUGUUGUAGCCUGGCAUGGAAAUUACGUUCCGUUCAAGUACGAUUUGUCUAAAUUUAUGGUUAUAAAUUCUGCAAGUUUUGACCACUGUGACCCCAGCAUCUUUACUGUUCUUACCUGUCCAAGUUGUCGUCCCGGAACUGCAAUUGCUGAUUUUGUGAUAUUCCCUCCACGGUGGGCUGUUCAAGAACAUACUUUUCGACCCCCUUAUUAUCACAGAAACUGUAUGACUGAAUUCAUGGGAUUAAUUCUUGGGAAAUAUGAAGCAAAGGAAAAUGGAUUUUUACCUGGAGGUGCUACUCUUCAUUCUAUGAUGACUCCGCAUGGUCCAGAUUACAACUGCUUCGAAAAUGCAUCUAAUGCAAAACUAGUACCUGAAAGAGUUGCGGACAAUACACAGGCCUUUAUGUUCGAGACAUCACUUAGUUUAAGUGUAACAAAAUGGGCAGAGAAAACUUCUCAGAAAUUGGACCGGCAAUACCAGGAAUGCUGGAAGGGACUGAAAAAAAAUUUUAAGUUAGAUUCAAAUAAACUGUAAAAUUUUAAUAUAUAUAAUUGUAUGUAAUGAGCAUCGUAAGUAUGUCUGAUAUAUGAUUGGUUUAGCAAAUUAUGUAUAAUGACUUAUUGAAUAAUUCCACACAUUUUAACAACCUGCAUUACAAGCGGAAAGCUAAUCUUAGAUGCAAGGAAAUCAAUGUUUUAUUAGUAAGUAUUAAAAUUAAAAUUUGUAAAUGGC